AUGGAUCUGCCUUAUUACCACGGCCCUCUGUCCAAGCGAGACUGUGAGACCUUGCUGCUCAAGGAAGGGGUGGACGGCAACUUUCUGUUAAGAGACAGUGAGUCUAUGCCCGGAGUCCUGUGCCUCUGUGUCUCGUUUAAAAAUUUGGUCUACACGUACCGAAUCUUCAAAGAGAAACAUGGAUAUUACAAUUUACAGACCGUGGAAGGCGCUCAAAGACAGAUCUUUCCAAACCUAGAGGAACUGAUCUCCAAGUUUGAAAAACCAAAUCAAGGGCUGGUGUUCAACCUUUUAAGGCCAAUAAAGAGAACCUGUCCCUCCCUGAGAUGGAGAAGAUCGAAGAUAGAGCUGGAUGGUAUUUAUGAGAACAGUAACAGCGAUUAUGUGGAUGUCUUGCCUUGA